AUGGCUACGACUUCGACUGAAGGUCUGUAUGGCUUCCUUGAAGUCAUGGGCAUUGAAGAUCCGAGCUUUGUGUCGGCGACAACAGAGCUUUAUACUAACCCACUGGCCAUCUACUUCUCGCAUCUGGCGGAACUCAUCGUGCAACUCACGGAUUGUGAAAAGGAUAUCGCCUACAAGUCGAUUGUGUGGGCAAAUGACAUGACCCAUCUAGUGGUCGUGGCGCCUCGCCUUCGACUCAAGGGCGUCGAUUCCGAAGACCUUGCAGCCGACUUGCAGCAGAGGUUCCCGAGUUCCCCUCUCUUCGGACAUCCUGUCAACGAUGGGAUCAACCUCCUGUUUUACUUUUCGAACACCAACCUCGCUCGUUUGCUUCUGUCCUAUGUCAUUGACCGUGGAUCUUCAUAUGGUAACAACCUGCUUGCCGAAGCUCCUGUCGAAAACGGGACGGAGGCGAAGGGCCACAAGGUCGUCGUUGAGUUCUCGUCGCCAAACCUUGGGAAAGCAUUUACUGGCCUACACCUGAGAAGUACGAUUAUCGGUACAUUUGUCGCCUCUAUUUACGAGAGUUCGGGGUGGGAUGUGACCAGAAUGACGUUUCUUGGUGACUGGGGCAAGCAUGUCGGACUACUAGCAGCAGGCUGGUCGCGGUUCGGGUCUGACGAGCAAUUCGAGGCUGAUCCCUUACGACACCUGCUUGACGUGUAUGACCAGAUUGAGGACCUUUUCAAAAAAGAGCUGGAAGCUGCUAAGAAGAUUCCUGACGGGCAAGACGUCACCGAAGUGAGCCACGAGAUUGAAGCAGAGAGAGACGACUUCUUCAAGAAACUCGAGGACGGUGAUGAGGAUGCCCUUGCCUUGUGGAGAAGGUUCCGCGAGGUCUGUAUUGCGCGGUAUGCCGAGCUCUACGCACGCCUCGGCGUCAGUUUCGACGAUUACUCGGGCGAGUCGGACGUCUCUCACGAGACUAUUGAAGAGGUUGAAAAUGCAUUGAAAGAGAAGGGUGUCUACAGGGAGAGCGACGGUGCUUGGGUAAUUGAUAUCAACAAGAACGACGAAAAGCACGGGUCGGCUAUUGCACGGUUCCGCAAUGGCACGACGACUUACUUGCUGAGGGAUGUUGCUGCGGUCCUGGAACGGAGCAAGAAAUAUUCCUUUGACAAGAUGAUUUACGUCGUCUCAGUGCGGCAGACCACACAUUUUCAACAAGUCUUUAAGGUCCUGGACUUGAUGGACCGUUCCGAUCUAGCACGGCGGCUCGAUCACAUCGGCUUUGGCGACGUACAUGGUCUCUUGCCGAAGGAAGGAACAAGCGGCCUCCUCUUGGGUGACAUUCUGGAUCAAUGUCGCGAUGCAACCCAGCUGGCGCUGGACACAGAUGAAGAGACAGCCCAGCUAUUCUCAGGGGACGACCAGUCCAAAGUCUCUGAUGCUCUAGGUGCCAUCAAUCUCAUGGUGGACGAUCUAUCAACCAGACGCGGCGGCGUGUUCAACUUUGACCUCAACAAGCUAGCAAACCUAGGGGAUUACACCGGCCUGAACCUCCAAAAGUGGUACACCAAGCUUGACUCGAGACUCCGCGGCGUCGACAUCGACCGUGCAGAACUGCAAAGCACAGACUACGGCAUGUUCGAAGGUGAAGACAAUGCUUAUGCCGAUAUUCUCAGACUUCUCGUCCAGUUCCCAGGAAUUAUGAAGACAUCCUUCGAGAGACUGGAAUCAUCUCAAAUUCUGACAUUUCUAUUCAACAUCAUCGACCUCUUGCCAAAUGUCUGGGAGGACGAGGCUGAGGCCGAAGGGUCUACUCGAAGCCUCGCUAAAUUGGCCUUCUACAAAUGCUUCCACAUCGUGUUGGAAAACGGAAUGAGGACUCUGGGAUUGGUGCCUCUGACGGCUUGA